UAUGAAGAGCUCGCGAGUACGAUAAAAAGGAGCAGCCGGUCCGGACAAAAAGACCUCCAACUCAACGCCCUGGAGAACCAUAGCUGGAGCUCCCCUUUCGCCGUGAAGCGGGAGGCCACGGUGGCGAACGGCGGCCUCUACUGCGACGGGUGCGGCGGCUGCGACUUCGAAGCCGGCGACGAUGGCUUCUUCUACUGCCAGCAGUGCGGCUCCCAGAGCCAGGAAGUCGUCGCCACCGGUUGCGCCGACGAGGAUAUCCACGGCGACGGCUCCGGCCCCGGCGCCGUGUACAGUAUCUUCCACCACCGCGCCCGGCGGCAAUCCGAUGCCCCCUCCGCCGCCCCCAAGAUCUCCAAAGACGAACUGCUCCGCUCCCUCACCCAGUCUCUUUCCGGCUCCGCCGUUAGGAGGGAGGACGCGGAGCCCUCGCCGGCACGGCCCUACGGGUUCGACGAUGAGCCCUCGGAGCCCCGCGACUUCGGGUCGGGGCUGUGGCCCGACGCUGAGACUCUCGCUGGCGGGAUACGGCUCCGGUACGUGCAGGGGAUGCAGGUGAUGAUCCAGCUCCAGUGCGAGGCCCUGGUGGAGAGGUUCGGGGUGAGCCCGCUGAUCUGCGGGAUUGUGGGGGACAUCUGGCUGCGGUAUGUGGCGUUGUCGAGGGUGUUUGAUGAGAAGUGGGUGGAGAAGGUGAUCGCCGAGUCCGAGGCGGCGGCGGCGGCUUCAACAAAUUUCCAGGACGGUGAACCAGAACAGCAAAAACCUUCUAAGCAUAUAAAAGCUAAAUAUAAAAUGGAACCUCACAACUCAUAUGGACAGAGAGCAAUAUAUAUUUGGUUUCGUUCAUUGAGAAAGACAAUACCUGUAUAUUCUUCAUUGGCUAUUUCGUUUCUUGUUUGUCAUAUAGCACGAGAAGCAAUCCUACCAACAGAUAUUUGUAAAUGGGCAUUAGAGGGCAAACUGCCCUAUCUUGCUGCAUUUGUGGAAUUGGACAAGUACCUUGGAAGUCCUUCAAAUGCUUGCCCUUUGAGUACAAGAUUUUUGUUUAGGCCUGUUCGAGCUAUUGGAGCAUGGCAUUUAGAAGCUGCAGCUGGUUCUAUUGCCCAAAAUAUUGGCCUUCGACUCCCUUCUGUGAACUUUUAUGCAAUUGCAUGUCGCUAUUCAAAAGAACUCACUCUUCCAUUGGAAAAAAUAAUUCCACAUGCAUGUCGCCUUUAUGAAUGGUCCAUCCCAGCAGAGUUAUGGUUAUCUAGUAAUGCAUCUAGAAUUCCCACUCGUGUUUGUGUGAUGUCAAUAUUAAUUGUGACGAUAAGGAUCUUGUAUAAUAUACAUGGCCAUGGGAUAUGGGAGAUGAGUUUAUCUGAUCGUGACAGUUCUCCUUCAUGCUACACCAGAGUCAAUCAUAAUCCCGGUGAACUAAAAGUGAGCUCUGUACCAGACUUUGGGGAGAUAGGUGGGGAUGCCAAAAAAUUUUCUUGGACCAUGGGUUCAACGUCACAAAAUAAGGUAUUGCAUAACAAGGCCACUGAGUUUGACACUAAAGAAUUGUUGGGCAUUCUUGAAGGUGCAUAUGAUAAGAUCAGCGAUGCACAUGAUUAUUCCAAAGAUUUGCAGUCGUAUCUCAAGUAUUGCAAGGAUAUUAUUUUUGCUGGGAUAACUACAUCAUAUGAUGAGGAGAUUUUAAUAGAAAGAUUAUGGAAUAUAUACGAUAAGCAAGAGGUUGAUAAUCUACAAGAGGAUGCAAAAUUUGAGUUUCUUGAUUUGAAAGGAAAGAGACUGAGAGACGAAGUACCUAGUAGUGAAUCAAUUAACUCCAAGAAACCAAGGGAAGAUAGCAAAAGCAGCCUGAAUGAAGACAUAGGUAGAUCGUUGGAUACACCAAUGGACAGCAAAUUAACCAGCACAUAUGAAUUUCUCAGAAAUGACUCUGGCCUUUGUAAUACUUCUUCAACGUCUUGCAAAAGUUAUACACUAGACAAGAUGAAGAUUAACAUGGAAGAGAAUGGCUUCCAGUACCUUCCUCCAAGACUUCAUCAGAGGACAGAUGGUUAUCUUCACUACAAGAGGAAGAGAGUUGAUGGGAAGCUUAUUUAUGUUGCACAUGCUGACUACUAUAUAAUAUUACGGGCCUGUGCAAAGCUUGCUCAGGUUGAUGUUCGGGUGAUGCAUUUGAGUGUCCUGAAAUUUGAGAGAAGACUUGCUUGGAUUGAGCAACAGAUUGAGAGCAGCUUGAAAUCUUUACCUGAGAGAAUGACAACAAUGACAUAAUGACGGGCUGAUGACAUGUGUUGACUAUGAAUUUUCAUCCGCAGCAGAGGAAAGAAUAGUGUUCUUACUUUGUUUUGUUCAAUCAGUACUGUUUUGUUUUAUUUUUCUAUUAUGUUAAUAUUACUGAUAAUGAAUAAUUUGUUGGGGCCCAUUUUUUAAGUCGGGGGCUGAAUGAAACCUAAAUUUCAGUUU